AUGCCUGCUAAUAUUUGGCCAAGCAUCUGCCGACCUACCGUUUUCGCCAGAUGUUCUUCUACAAGAGCAUCUCUUAUAGCCCCAAGUGUCGCUAACACGAUAAAGUUGGAUGCACAACCAAUUAACCAUUCACCACAACAGGCCCAGAAGAGGAAAUGGCUACCGUUACGUUGUGGUGCAUUGACUAAGAAAGAAGGUAUGAUGCCAUUUUUCGAUGAAGCUACUGGUAAAAGAGUUGCAUGUACAGUUUUGAAAAUGGAUAAUGUUGAAGUUUUAAUGCAUAGAACCAUGGAGGAGAAUGGAUAUUUUGCAUGUCAAGUAGGAUAUGGUUCGAAACAUCCCCAGAAAGUCAGUAGACAAAUGCUAGGUCAUUUUGCCUCGAAGUUAGUUAACCCCAAGGAGAGAGUGUCUGAAUUUAGAGUUAAAAAUGAAGAUGGAUUAUUACCUCUUGGAACUUUAAUUAAACCUUCAUUCUUCAACAAUGGUCAAUAUGUGGAUUUGAAAUCUAUUUGCAAAGGUAAAGGUUUUGCAGGUGUGAUGAAGAAGUACCAUUUUGCCGGUUUAAGAGCUUCUCAUGGUACUUCUAUUAUGCAUAGACAUGGUGGUUCAUAUGGUCAGAAUCAAGAUCCUGGUCGUGUUUUACCUGGUAAAAAAAUGCCUGGUCAUAUGGGGAACCAUCAUGUUACCAUACAAAAUGCUCAAGUGUUAAAAGUUGAUGAUGAACUUGGUGUGAUAUUAAUUAAAGGUUCCGUUGCAGGUCCUACAGGCGCAUUUGUUAAGAUUCAAGAUGCCAUCAAGAAAGCACCAGCAAGUGAACAAUGA